AAAAACCCACGUAAGCAGGCCGAUGUCGCCGACCGUAGGCAAAAUUCUCAGUCCAUCGAACCCACUUUCGGAUAGAAUAAUAAUAUGUUUCGUUUGGGAAUCGCUCGCUCCAUCGCGUGAUUCUACGAUUCGGUAGCAUUGCGAUCGCUUUCCAGUCCAGCCGCGAAGCACCAAAACCGAUUCGUCCUCUCGCUCGCGCGGUCCAGUCGCUGAUCCUUCGCUUCGCUACUCAUCUCAGUCCAGUCCCGACCCGACCCGACUUCCCUCCCCGUGGCCGACCCGUGCUCCUUCGCUCGCCGUGAGUUCCGGCGGAGGAAAUGCGGAUGACGGCGAUGGAGCUUUGGUGAAUCUAGGGUUUUUGGUGUGUAGAGAGAGAGAGAGAGAGAGAGAGAGAGAGAGAGAGGGGGGGGGAAAUGAAGGAGAUUGUGGGGAGUCCCGGGACGGUAAGUGGGAUGGCGUUGAGGGUGGGGCAAUGUGCGUGCGCUGGUGCUUCCAUCGGGUUCAUGGUCUCUGCUCUUGGGUUUUCGAACUACACUGCUUUCUGCUACUUAAUUGCAUCGAUGGGCCUUCAAGUGUUAUGGAGCUUUGGACUUGCCUGCCUUGAUGUCUAUGCUUUGAAAAGAAAAAGAGACCUUCAGAAUCCUGUCCUUGUGAGCCUGUUUGUCGUUGGUGACUGGGUGACGGCUACAUUAUCACUUGCAGCUGCAUGCUCAUCAGCUGGUGUUAUUGUUCUAUAUUCUCGGGACAUGCACUUCUGUAGGGAACAGCUGCAUCUGCCGUGCAGCAGAUUUCAACUUUCGGUGGCGUUGGCAUUCUGUACCUGGGCCCUUAUUGCCAUGUCAUCUCAUGUUAUGUUCUGGAUCUUGGCAUCAAUAUAGAUGGCCUUCCUCUGAGGCCUCACUUUAUGAGGAUGCUGCAGUAUCUAUGGUUUCUCUUGUAUAUUCCAAUGCUCCUACCCUUUUUUAACCUUUUUCCCCGUAGGUCAAUGAGCUACACUCUUCAGAUGCCUAAUAUUCUAGCAAAUUUCAGGAUGUUCCUCUCUGUUUUGUUGGGCUUUGCCUCUUUGGGUUUUCAGUACAAAUGAAAAGGCACUUUGCUUCAGCUUUCUGAUGCAGAUGAAGAUUUUUAGAUGACUAA